CGUUUCAGGAUACAGGAAAUACGGUAAACGCGAAACCGGGAGGAAGCUCUGUGCCUGGAAGGGACUGGCCGCCAUCUCAGGUCUCGGCCUCGCAGGGCCCACCAGAGAGAGCUGACGCCCAGUAUUAUAAUCCUUAUGGGGGACCAACCUUGCGCCUCCGGGACAUCCACGCUCCCACCUGGAAAUACGCGGGAAACCAGGCCUCCAAAAAAGCGCUGUCUCCUAGCUCCACGGUGGGAUUAUCCUGAAGGAACCCCCAACGGAGGUAGUAACCCUCUCCCCUCCGCACCCUCUCCUGCAUCACCCGGCCUGAAAUCGCACCCUCCUCCUCCGGAGAAGUAGUAGAAUAUACUUCUCCCACCCCAAACCAGUCUCUGAGGGAUUGAGGAAUGACUUCAUUUCCUUGGUGCAUUCAUAAAAUGCUUCAUCUAGUGAAGAAAAUGAAGAUUAUUGACACUGCUGCCCUGCUUUUUUCUGAUGUCCUGCACCAGCUUGUCUUACUAUGAAGCUAGGAUCUUCACUACAAUGAGAAAGAGUAACAGUGGUAGCAGAUUUCCUUCUCUUGCUUUUGAAUUUUCAACGGAAUUACACAAAUGUUUCACCAUUUUUAGAUUUGUUUCUUCAGGAUAAGGAAGUUCAUUUGUAGCCUUAGUAUGCCGAGACUUUUUAAUUAUGAAGGAAUAUGGAGUUUUUCUCCAUUAAUUUGAGAGUGUGACCAUAUGAUAAAUUACAGUAAUCAAUUUUCUAAUGUAUUUUCUGAUAUUGGUUUCAUCACCCUCACCAUUGAAUAUGUUGUUUUUAAAAUUUUUGCUUUAAUCUUUAUUAUUUUCUUUAUUGCAUUAUAUUUGCUCUUUUUCAAACUUAUCUUCUGGACUUUUAGCCCAGUAAUCAUCAAGUUCUUCUAAAAUAAGAAUUUAUGACUAUAAAUCUUCCACUGCAUAUCAUGUUAAAAGGAUUUCACAGAUUUUUAUAUGUAGUACUUUAUUGUCAUUCAAUUAUAAUUUCUCUCAUGACUUCUUAUUUGACUCAUAAAUUUGUUUAAUUUGCAGACACAUGGGGCUCUUUUGUAAAAAUCAGACCAUGAAAUCAUUAGUCCAAUUAUAAUUAACUUCAUCUUAUUUUCCAAAAAAAUCCUACAAAACUUCAACUUAUUUUCUGCUUUAAAAUAUAUUUUUAAUCUUUCUGAUAAGAAAAAGCAAAAUUAUAUAUGAGCUUCUCAUUCUAAAAGAUUUUAGCCAUAUAAGUUAUUUCUUUCAUUAACUACAUGGAAAUGUAUGUGCAUGCUAUUGAAUGAUGGAAUUAUUCUUGGUAUUUAUAUUUGAGUUUUUAAACUUUUUGUAUAUUUUUUGUUGUUGUUCUUUUUUUAAUCUUAAAAAAAAUUAAAUUUUAUUUAAAUUGAUUUAAUUUUUUAUUUAAAUAUAUGUUAUUUAACAUACAGUAAAACAUUAGUUUUAGGAAAAGAAUUUAGUGAUUCAUCACUUACAUAUAAUAAUACCCAGUGCUCAUCACAAGUGCCCUCAUUAAUACCCAUCAACUAUUUAGCCCAUACCCCCAACCACCUCCCUCCAUCAACCCUCAGAUUAUUCUCUAUAGGUAAGAAUCUCUUAUGGUUUGCUUCCCUCUCUUUUUUUCCCCCCUUUCUAUAUGUUCAUCUGUUUUCUUUCUUAAAUUCUACAUAUUAGUGAAAUCAAUGGCUAAUGGUAUUUGUCUUUCUCUGACUUAAUUCACUUAGCAUAAUAUACUGUAGCUCCAUCUACAUCAUUGCAAAUGGCAAUAUUUUAUUCUUUUUGAUAGCUGAGUAAUAUUCCAUUAUAUACAUAUAUAGUAUAUGUGAUAUAUAUACAUAUACCACAUCUUCUUUAUCCAUUCAUCAGUAGAUGGACAUUUGGGCUUUUUCUGUAGUCUGGCUAUUGUUGAUAAUGCUGCUAUAAAUAUUGAGGAGCGUGUGCCUCUUUGAAUCUGUAUUUUUGUAUCCUGUGGUUAAAUACCUAGUAGUGCAAUUGCUGGAUCAUAGGGUAGAUCUAUUUUUAACUUUUUGAGGAACCUCUAUACUAAUUUCCACGGUGAAUGCCCUACUUUGCAUUUCUAUCUACAGUGUAGGAGGGUUCCCCUUGCUCCACAUCCUCACCAAUACCUCUUAUUUUCUGUGUUGUUAAUUUUAGCCAUUCUGACAGUUGAGAGGUGGCGUAUCAUCAUGGUUGUGGUUUGUAUUUCCCUGAUGAUGAAUGAUAUUGAGCAUCUUUUCAUGUGUCUGUUAGCCACCUGUAUGUCUUCUUUGGAGAAAUAUCUGUUCAUGUCUUUUGCCCGUUUCUUAACUAAUUAUUUUUUGGGUGUUGAGUUUGAUAAGUUCUUUAUAGAUUUUUGAUAAUAGUGCUUUAUCUGAUAUGUCCUUUGCAAAAAUCUUCUCCCAUAACAUACAAUGCCUUUUAGUGUUUUUUUGGUUGUUUCAUUUACUGUGCUGAUGGUCUUUAUCUCGAUGAAGUUCCAGUAGUUCAAUUUGCUUUUGUUUUCCUUGCCUUUGGGGAUUUAUCUAGCAAGAAGUUGCCAUGGCCAAGGUCAUGGAGGUUGCUGCCUGUGUUCUUCUCUAGGAUUUUGAUGGAUUCCUGUCUCACAUUGAGGUCUUUCAUCCAUUUUGAGUGUAUCUUUGUGUAUGGUGUGAGAAAAUGGUCCAGUUUCAUUCUUCUGCAAUGUGGCUGUCCCAUUUCCCCAGCACCAUUUAUUGAAGAGACUGUCUUUUUUCCAUUGGAUAUUCUUUCCUGCUUUUUCUAAGAUUAGUGGACUAUAGAAUUGAGGGCCCAUUUCUAGGAUUUCUAUUCUGUUCCAUUGAUGUAUAUGUCCGUGUUUGUGCCAGUACCAUACUGUCUUGACUACAGCUUCAUAAAACUCGAAGUCCAGAAUUGUGAUGUUUCCAGCUCUGCUUUUCUUUUUCAGAGUGUUGUGGGUAUUCCGGGUCUUUUGUGGUUCCAUAAUUGUUCUGGCUCUGUGAAAAAUGCUGGUGGUAUUUUGAUAGAGAUUGCAUUAAAAUUGUAGGUUGUUUUGGGUAGUAUAGACAUUUUAACAAUGUUUCUUUUGCUCUAUGGGCAUGGAAUGUUUUUCCAUUUAUUUAUGUCCUCUUCAAUUUCUUACAUAGGUGUUCUAUACUUUUCAGAGUACAGAACAUUUACCUCUUUGGUUAGGUUUAUUCCUAGGCAUCUUAUUUUUUUUGGUGCAGUUGCAAAUGGGAUUGAUGCCUUGAUGUUGGUACAUUUUUUAUUACUGAUAUAAUUUCUUUGCUGAUUAUGGGUCUAUUCAAAUUUUUAAAUUCUUCCUAUUUUAAUUUUAGUAAUUUGUAUGUUUUUAGGAAUUUUUACAUAUUUUCCAGAUUGCCCAUUUACUGCAUAUAGCUUUUUAUAAUAUUCUCUUAUAAUUGUUUGUAUUUCUGUGGUGUUGGUUGUGAUCUCUCCUCUUUCAUUUGUGAUUUUAUUUAUUUGUUCCUUUCUCUUUUUGAUAAGUCUGGCUAGGGAGUUACCAAUUUUCUUAAUUCUUUUGAAGAACCAGCUCUUAGUUUCAUCGAUCUGUUCUACUGUGUUUUGUUUUUGUUUUUGUUUUCUGUUUCUGUAUCAUUUAUUUAUGCUCUAAUCUUUAUUAUUUCUCUUCUUCUGUUGGCUUUAGGCUUUAUUUCCUUCUCCUUUUGUAGUUCCUUUAGAUGUAAGAAUAGGUUAUAUAUUUGAGACUUUUCUUGUUUGGUGAGGUAGGCCUGUAUUAUAACAUACUUCUCUUAAGACUGCCUUUGCUGUGUGUUUUCAUUUUCAUUUGCUUCCGUGUACUUUUUAAUUUCCUCUUUAAUUUCCUAGUUAACCCAUUUAUUCUUAUUAGGAUGUUUUCUCACCUCCAUGAAUUUGUGGUCUUUCCAAAUCUUUUCUUCUGGUUGACUCUAAAUUUUGUAGCAUUGUCGUCUAUUAUGCACAGUAUGAUCUCAAUCUUUUUUGUACUUGUUGAGGCCUAAUUUGUGACCCAGUAUGCGAUCUAUUGUAGAGAGUGUUCUGUCUGCACUCAAAAGGAAUGUGUAUUCUGCUGCUUGUGGAUGAAAUGUUAUGAAUAUCUUUGUUAAGUCCACUGGUCCGUGUGUCAUUCAAAGCCAUUGUUUACUUUUGAUUUUCUGCCUAGAUGAUCUGUCUAUUGUUCUAAGUAGGAGUAUUAAAGUCCUCUAGUAUUAUUGUAUUAUUGUCACUGAGUUUCUUCAUGUUGUUUGAUUUACAUAUUUAGGUCCCAAGUUGGGGGCAUAAAUAUUUACAAUUGUUAGAAAUUCUUGUUUGAUAGGUCCCUUAAUUAUGAUAUAGUGCCCUUCUUCAUCUCUUCUUACAGUCUUUGGUUUAAAGUCUAGUUUUCUUUUCUUUUUUUUUUUUUAAAGGAUUUUAUUUAUUUAUUUGACAGAGAGAGAGAUCACAAGUAAGCAGAGAGGCAGGCAGAGGGAGGGGGGAAACAAGCUCCCUGAUGAACACAGAGCCUAAUGUGGGGCUUGUUCCCAGGACCCUGAGACCAUGACCUGAGCCAAAGGCCGCAGCUUAACCCACUGAACCACCCAGAUGCCCCUAAAAUCUAGUUUUCUUAUAUAAGUAUUGUCACUGUGGCCUUCUUUUGACAAUGAACGGCUCUCCAUUCUUUCACUUUCAAUCUGUAGGUGUCUUUAGUUCUAAAAUGAGUCUCUGGUAAGCAGCAUAUAGAUAGGUCGUGUUUUUUUUUUUUUAAUCCAUUCUGCUGCCCUUUGUCUUUUGAUUGAAUAAUUUAGUCCAUUUACUUUCAGACUGAUUAUUGAUAAAUAUGAAUUUAGUGCCAUUGUUUUAACUGUAAAGUUGGUAUUUCUGGAUAUUUUCUCUGUUACUUUCUAGUUUUUGUUGCUUUUGGUCUUUUUUUUCUCUACUCAGGACCCCUUAAAAUUUCUUUCACACCUGGCUUAAUGGUCACAAACUCCUUUAGUUUUUGUUCGUCUUGGAAACUCUUUUUCUCUCCUUUUAUUCUGAAUGACAGCCUUACCAGGUAAAGAAUUAUUGGCUGCAUAUUUUUCCCAUUCAGUACAUUGAAUAUAUCAUGCCACUCUCCUCUGGUCUGCUAAGGUUCUGCGGAUCUAUCUGAUGCAAACCUGAUUUGUUUUCUCUUCUAGGUUAAGGAAUUUUUCCCCAUGUUGCUUACAAGAUUCUUACCUUAUCUGUGUACUUUGAAAAUUUUACUAUGCUGUGUCUUGGUGUUGGGUUGCUUUUGUUGAUUUUGAUGGGAGUUCUUUUUUUUUUUUUUAAAGAUUUUAUUUAUUUAUUUGUCAGAGAGAGAGAGAGAUCACAAGUAGGUAGAGAGGCAGGCAGAGGCAGAGGCAGAGGGAGAAGCAGGCUCCCUGCCAAGCAAGGAGCCUUAUAUGGGACUCGAUCCCAGGACCCUGGGAUCAUGACUUGAGCUGAAGGCAGCUGCUUAACCAACUGAGCCACCCAAGCGUCCCUUGAUGGGAGUUCUUUAUGCCUCCUGGAUUUCGAUGUCUGCAUCCUUCUCCAGAUUAGGAAGUUUUCAGCUAUAAUACCCUCAAAUAAACCUUCUGCCCCUUUCCCCUCUCCUCUUCUUCUGGGACUCUAUGAUACAAGUGUUAUUACACUUUAUGGAGUCGCUUAGUUCCCUAAGUCUACAUUCGUGAUCCAAUAUUUUUCUUUCCUUCUUCUUUUCAACUUUAUUAUUUUCCAUAAUUUUAACUUCUGUAUGAUUGAUUUGCUCCUCAGCUUCUUCCAUCCUUGUGGUCACUACAUUCAGUCUGUUGUGCAUCUUGGUUAUAGCCUUUUUAUUUCUGCCUGAGUAGUUUCUAGAAUUUUAUCUCUGCAGUAAGGUACUCCCUAGUGUAUUCUGUGCUUUUCUCAAGUACAGCUAGCAUCCCUUAGAUUGUGUUUUAAAUUCUUGUUCAGGCAUAUUACUUAUAUUGUUUUGAUUAGAUCACUAGCCAUUACCUCUUGGUGUUUCUUGUGGGAUAGAUUCCUCCAACUUGGCAUUUUGCUUAGAUCUCUGUCUUCUGCGUUUUCAGAAAAUCUGUUACAUUUCCUGUUCCUGAGAGUAAUGGCUAAAUUAAGAAAGAUCAUAUACUGUCCAAAGUUUGGCAUUUCAGGAAGUUUUUGGUGUAUUUUAUGUGUACUCUGCUGCUGUGUUUUGGCUGCUCCUUCCCUUAGGUCAGUCCUCUACAGAGUUUCUCCUUCCCGCAGUAGGGAGUGUUCAGACGUUGGACAUUGUGUGGUGGGUUUUAACUUGGUACCUUUUGGUGUGCUUGUUAGAAAAGGCUAGAUUCUAUUUCAUUUCCCCCAAAGCUGAAGUUUUCCAGUACUCUAUGAUCAGUAGACUUAGUUUGUGCAUGGGGUUUAUGCUGGUCUUCUGGGGAAGGGGCCUGCCGUGCUGGUUCUCAGGUCAACUUGGCCUAGUGGAGAUGCAUCUUUAAAGUAUGGUGGGGUGAGGAUUACUAUCAGCAACUGUAGCCUCCACUAUGGGUGCUGUGUUGUUCACUGAAGUCUGUCUAUGCUGAUGGAUGGAAGGGAAAUGGCCUCACUUUACUCUCAUGUCCCUAAAGAGGGGAGUUUGUGCCUGCUCCUAUUCAGGAAGCCCUCACAGAAGAAUGAACAAUCUCCCCCUCUGUGUCCCAGGAUUCCUUCAGAACCCUGUCUGUGUCUGCACCAUCUGUCUGCAUGGUGGCACUGUGUUCCUGUGUUUUAUUUCAGGGGUGCAGCUGGGUUUCAAAACUCCAAAUUUUAGGAACCUCAUAAGGUGCAAACCUACAUUAAUUCUCUGGAGAGGGUCUUGCUGCACUGUGGCUCAUGUCAGUUUGUUCCAGAAAAGCAGUUGCAUGACUGUGCAGGGAUUCAGCAUUUAUGAUAAACCUUAGACAAAAGCUGGCAUCCGGGUAACCUGCCUUCAGCAGGUCCCUCUGCUGAUUUGCUAAUUAACAGUGCUGCUCUAUAGUGCCCAUUUUCUGUUUCAUCUCCUCUCAGGAUAUGCCAUCUCUCCCAAAUUCACUCCAAAGAAGGGAACUGUCUCUCCCGGUACAACCAAGGGUAUCCUCAGACCAUGCUGUCCACUUCUGGGGCUCUGAACUCUUCCCUAGAUGAACACAACUGUACCCACCUGACACAGCCCCAGCAAUGGCACAGACUUCUUAAACAUCAGACUUUGAGCUCCACUGCUUGUAAAAACAUAAAAUAGUCAGCCCCUCUCCUUUUCACAGUCCGUGGUUUUGGGGAAGUGUUUUUCUUGCAUAAUCCCCUGCAUAUUGGAUUCCCUCUUUCUCUUCCUCUCUCAGUCUUCUCUGUGAGAAGGUCUCCUUCCCCUCUGAAGCAUCUGCAGUUCUCUUCUCCCCCCAAAUCACCUGUCUGCAGCUCCUACCUUCCAUGAUGUGGCUUUUCUCCCUUUAAAUGUACAGUUUGUUCUCAGUCCUCAGAUCAAUUUCUUGGGUGUUCAGAAUGAUUUGUUAUUAACCUAUCUGUGUUCAAGGGACAAGGCAGGCAUAGGGUUCCCCAUGUACUCCACCAUCUUAACUCAUCCUCCUCUAAACUUUAUUUUUAUCUAAUUUUACAAUUCAAAGAAAUUGUUAGACUAUUACAAAGAACUCCCAUACGCUCUACCCAGAUUCACCAAUUAACAUUUUUCCAUGUUUGCUUUUAUAUUCUCUAUUUCUUUUUCUCCCUCUUAUACCCCUUCUCCCUCUACCAGCUCUUUUUUCCUUUCCUCCUCACUUAUCCAUUCUCCUCUUCUCUACCUUCCCCUUUUCCUUGGCCCUUUCCACUCAUCCUCUCUCUCUCUGAGCUGUUUAAGAGUCUCUAGCAGAUAUUAUGCUCCUUUACUUGGAAAUAUUUCAGUACUGUAAGUACGUCAGUGCAUACUUCCUCAGAAAGAUGACUUUCUCUUAAAUAAUCUUACUACAUGUGUCAAAAUAGAAAUUUUAUAUUGUUCUAGUUUUUGUUACCUAAAGUUUUAUUUUCAAGAUUAUCCACUUAUAAUCACUGAAAAAGGGAUGUGUUUGGAAGAACAUCUAUUUUAAAUGGAUGAUGCAAGCUAUAUUAAUAAUUCUUUUUUGUCUAGAUUUAUUGAAAUAUAUUUGGCAUAUAACAUUGUUGCAAGCUUAUGGUAUACAAUAAGGUGAUUUGCUAUAUCUAUAUGUUACAAAAUAAUUACCACAAGUUUUCACAGUCAUCUCACGCAGUUAUCUUUUUUUUAUCUGUGGUGAGACUUUUUUUUUUUUUAAUUAUUUCUUGAGAGAUAGAGAGCACAUGAGCAGGAGGGGCAGAGAGAGAGGGAGAGAAUUUUAAGCAGGAUCCAUGCUCUGCAAAGAGUCCAAAGCAGGGUUCAACCUCCUGACCCUGAGAUCAUGACCUGAAUCGAAAACAAGAGUUGGACUUUUAACCGACUGAGCUAACCCAGUGACCCAUGUGUGGCGAGAACUGUUAAUAUCUACUCUCAACAACUUUUAAGUAUACAAUAUAGUAUCAUUAAUUAUAGUCAAACUAUAGUUUUAAUUAUAACUAUAAUUGUAUAAAUACAUAUACUAUAACUAUAUUAUUAACUGUAAUACAGUGUAUAUCAUGCUAUAUAUGUUGUAGAUAUCCAGAACUUAGUCAUGUUAAUAACUGAAUAUUUAUGCCCUUUGAGCACUUUUACCAAUUUCUCCCACCCUCCAACCUCAGGAAACUACCAACGUACUCUGUAUUGAUGAGUUUGUUUUCUUUUUAGUAAGAUUCCAUGUGUAAGUUCAUGCAGUGUUUUUCUCUGUCUAAUGUCUUUGACUUAGUAUAAUGCCCUCAAGUUUUAUCCAUUGGGUUGGAAAUGACAGGAUUUCUUAAGGCUGAAUAACACAUCAUUUUAUAUUUACAUCGUAUUUUUUUUUAUCUUUUCAUCUGUCAGUGGAGACCUAGAUUGUUUCCAUGUCUUGCUUAUUGUAAAUAAUGAUGCAGUGAACUGGGGGUGCAGACGUCUCUUCAAGAUUAGUGAUUUUAUUUCUUUCAGAUAUAUACCUAAAGGGACUUGCUGAAUCAUAUAAUACUUUUUUUCUCAAAUUUUUAUUUAAGUUCUAGUUAGUCAAUGUACAGUGCAGUAUUGGUCUCAGAAAUACAAUUCAGGGGCGCCUGGGUGGCUCAGUGGGUUAAAGCCCCUGCCUUCGGCUCAGGUCAUGAUCCCAGGGUCCUGGGAUUGAGCCCCGCAUCGGGCUCUCUGCUCAGCAGGGAGCCUGCUUCCUCCUCCCUCUCUCUCUGCCUGCCUCUCUGCCUGCUUGUGAUUUGUCUGUCAAAUAAAUACAUAAAAUCUUUAAAAAAAAAAGUGAUUCAUAAGUGAUUCAGUGAUUCAUCACUUAUGUACAACACUCAAUGCUCAUCGUAAGUGCCCAUACCCCACCCACCUCCUCCAUCAACCCUCAGUUUGUUCUCUAUCUUUAAGAGACUGUUAUGGUUUGUUUCUCUCCUUCUUUUUACUUUUUUAUUGUCCCUCCCAUAUGUUCAGCUGUUUUGUUUCUUAAAUUCCACAUAUGAGUGAAAUCAUGUUACUGAUCUUUCUCUGACUGGCUUAUUUUGUUUAGCAUAAUAUACUCUACCUCCAUCCAUUUCAUUGCAAAUGGCAAGAUUUCAUGCUUUUGAUGGAUAAAUAAUAUUCCAUUGGAAUAACAUUCCAUUCCAAUGUAAAUAACAUUCCAUUCCACCACAUCUUCUUAACCCAUUCAUUAGUCAAUGAACAUUUGGACUCAUUCUAUCGUUUGACUAUUGUUGAUAAUGCUGUUAUCAACAUCAGGGUACAUGUGUCCCUUUGAAUCUGUGUUUCUCUGUCCUUUGGUUAAACACCUAGUAGUGCAAUUGCUGGAUUAUAGGGAAGUUCUAUUUUCAACUAUUUAAGGAACCUCCAUACUGUUCUCUUGAAUGACUGUACAACUUUGCAUUCCUACCAUCAGUGAAAGAGGGUUCCCCUUUAUCCACAGCAUUACUAACACCUGUUGUUUUUUGUUUUGUUAGUUUUAGCCAUUCUGACAGGUGAGAGUUGCUAUCUCAUAGUGAUUAUUUGUAUUUCCCUGAUGAUGAGUGAUGCUGAGCAUUUUUAAUGUGUCUGUAGGCCAUCUGGUUGUCUUCAUUGGAAAAGUGUCUAUUAGUGUCUUCUGCCCAUGAAAUAUUUUUUGGGUAUUGAGUUUGAUAAUUUCUUUAUAGAUUUUGGAUACUAAUGCUUUUUUGUCUGUCAUUUGCAAAUAUAUUCUCCCACUCUGUAGGCUGCCAUUUAAUUUUCUUGAUUUUUUUUUCCUUCUUGAAGAAGUCCCAUUAGUUCAUUUUUGCUAUUAUUUUCCUUGCUUCCUGUGACAUGACUAGUAAGAAUUUGCUAUGGCCGAGGUCAAAGGAUACUGCCUGUGUUCUCUAGGAUUUUGUUGGGUUCCUGUCUCACAUUUAGGUCUUUCAUCUAUUUUGAUUAUUUUUAUGUAUGAUAUGAGAGAGUGGCCCAGUUUUAUUCUUCUGCAUGUGGCUGUCCAAUUUUCAUAACGCAAUUUUUUAAAGAGUCUAUAUUUUUUCCAUUGAAUAUUCUUUCCUGUAUCAUCAAAGAUUAGAUAACCAUAGAGUUGAGGUUCCAUUUUUGGGUUUUCUGUUCUGUUCAGUUGAUCUCUGUGUCUGUUUUUGUGCCAGUACCACACUGUUCUGAUGGUUAUGGCUGUAUAAUUCACCUGGAAGUCUGGAAUUGAUGCCUCUCACUUUGGCUUUCUUUUCAACAUUCCUUUGGCUCUUCUGGGUCUUCUGUGGCUCCAUACAAAUUUUAUGAUUGUUUGUUCCAGCUCUAUGAAAAAUGCUGAGGGUAUUUUGAUAGGGAUUGCAUUGAAUGUGUACAUUGCUGUGGGAAGUAUAGACUGACUGACUUUCUUUCUUUCUUUCUCUAUUUGUCAGAAAGAGAGGCUGAAAGAGAGACAGAGAGAGAGCACAAGCAGAGGGAGGGGCAGAGGGAGAGGGAGAAGCAGACUCCCCGCUGAGCAGGAAACGUGAAUCAAGGAUCAGUCCCAGGACCCUGGGAUCAUGACCUGAGCCAAAGGCAGACCCUUAACCAACUGAGCCUCCCAGGCACCCUGGUACAGACAUUUUAACAGUGUUUGUUCUUCCAGUCCAUGAAUGUGGAAUGAUUUCCCAUUUUUUUGUGAACUCUCCAGUUUUUUCAUUAGUGUUCUGUAGUUUCCAGAGUAUAAAUUCUUGAACUCUUUGGUUAAGUUUCAUCCUACUUAUCAUAUCAUAUGGUUUUUGGUGCAAUUGUAAAUGGGAUUGAUUCCCUGAUUUCUUUUUCUGUUUCUUCAUUAUUGUUGUAUAGAAAUACAACAGAUUUCUGUUUUUUAUUUCAUAGCCUAUGAUUUUGCUGAAUUUGUAUACAAGAUCUAGCAACUUUUUGGUGGAGUCUUUUGUGUUUUUUACAUAGAAUAUCAUGUUGUCUCAAAUACUGAAAGUUUGACUUCUUCCUUAUUGAUUUGGAUACCUUAUUUCUUUUUCUUCUCUGAUUGCUGAGGCUGAGUCUUCCAGUAUGUUAAAUGCGGUGAGAGUAGAAAUCUGUAUCUUAUUCCUGACCAUAGAUGAAACACUCUGUUUUUCCUCUUUGAGGAUGAUAUUAACUGUGUCUUUCACAUAUGGCUUUUAUGAUGUUGAAGUAUGUUCCUUCUAUCCCUACUUUGUUGAGGGUUUUUAUCAAAAAUGGUGGCUGCUGUAUUUUGUCUUGCUUUUUCUGGCUUUAUUAACUGGAUUAUCUGGUUCUUAUCUUUUUGUAUAUUAAGGUGUUGUAUCAUAUUGAUUGAUUUAUGAAUAUGAACUACCCCUGAAACCCAGAAAUAAAUUCCAGUUGAUUGUGGUAAAUAGUCCUUAUAAUGUACUGUUAGAUUCAAUUUGCUAGUAUCUUCUUUUUUAAAAAAUUUUAUUUAUUUAUUUGACACUCAGAGAUCACAAGUAGACAGAGAGGCAGGCAGAGAGAGAGGAGGAAGCAGGCUCCCCGAUGAGCAGAGAGCUUGAUGCGGGGCUUGAUCCCAGGACCCUGGGAUCAUGACCUGAGCAAAGGCAGAGGCUUUAACCCACUAAGCCACCCAGGGUGCCCCAUCUUCUUUAUUUUUAACAUCUUAAUUUUAUUUUGUUUUUUUUCAUGUUCCAAGAUUCAUUGUUUAUGCACCACACCCAGUGAUCUUCUUAAGAAUUUUUGCAUCUUCUUGAGAAUUUUUGCAUCCCUGUUCACCAGGGAUAGUGUCUGUAAUUCUCCUUUUUACUGGAGUCUUUGUCUGGUUUUGGAAUCAAGGUAAUGCUAGCCUUGUAGAAGGAGUGUAGAAGUUUUCCUUUCAUUUCUAUUUUUUGGAAGAAUUUGAGAGGUAUAGGUAUUAUCUCUUCUUUAAUGUCUGGUGGAGUUCCCCUGGGAAGCCAUCUGUCCCUGGAGUUGUUUGUUGGAGAUUUUUGAUUACUUUCAAAAUUUUCAGUGUUCUUUUGAUUUCUUUCCUGGCUAUGGGUCUUCAUAAAUUUUUUAUUUCUUCCUGUUUCAGUUUUGGUAGUUUCUAUGUUUCUAGCAAUUUGUCCAUUUCUUCCAGAUUGCCCAUUUUGUUGGCAUACAGUUUUUCAUAAUAUAAUCUAUGAUUAUUUGUAUUUUUGUGGUUUGGGGUACUAUCUCUCCUUUUUCUUUCAUGACUUUUUUCUAUUUGGAUCCUUUUAUCUUUUUUUUUUUAAUUUUUUAUUUUUUAUAAACAUAUAUUUUUAUCCCCAGGGGUACAGGUCUGUGAUUCACCAGGUUACACACUUCACAGCACUCACCAAAGCACAUACCCUCCCCAAUGUCCAUAAUCCCACCCCCUUCUCCCAAACCCCCUCCCCCCAGCAACCCUCAGUUUGUUUUGUGAGAUUAAGAGUCACUUAUGGUUUGUCUCCCUCCCAAUCCCAUCUUGUUUCAUUUCUUCUUCUCCUACCCACUUAAGCCCCCAUGUUGCAUCACAUUCACCCAUUUAGCAUGUUGAAUGUUUCCUGCCACUAUCUUCUGGCCUUCCAGGUUUCUCUGGCAGAUCUGUUGUGAACUUGAGCUGUCUUUCCUUGUAGGUUAAGGGCUUUCUUUCCCUUGUUUUCAGGAUUCUUUCCUUACCUGUGUAUUUUGUGAAUGUAUUAUAUGCCUGGGUGAUGUUGAGUAUUUUAAUUUAAUGGGAGUUCUCUGUCCUUUUUGGAUUUUGAGGUCUGCGUCCUUCCCCAGAUGAGGGAGGUUUUUCAGCUACAAUUUGAACAAUCCUUCUCCCUAUUUUUCUCUUUCUUCAUCAUCUGGGUCUCCUAUGAUAAAAAUGUUACCAGCUUUUAAUAAGUCACUGAGUUCCCUAAGUCUACCUUCAUUGGCCUACCUUCAUGGUAGGCUUUCUUUCCCUCUUCUUGUCAGUGUCAUUAUUUUCCAUAAUUUUAUUUUCUGUAUCACUGACUCCUUCCUCUGUUUCAUCCUUCCUCACUUUCUUGGAAUCCAUUCUAGUUUGAACCUUAGUUAUAACAUUUAUUUGGGGGAGUGACUAGAUUUUAGUUCUUUUAUCUCUGAUGUAAAAGAGUCUUUAUUGUCUUCUAUGCUUUUUUGAAGCCCAGUUGCUAUCCUUAUAAUUGAUGUUUUAAAUUCUAGUUCAGACAUCUUCCUUAUGUCUCUUGAUUAAAUCCCUGGACAUGAGUUAUACUUCCUGCUUUUCUUUGGUGAAUUUCUCCAUCUCCUCAUUUUGUUCUGAAACGAAAAGAAAGAAAACCAAAGCAAAAAUCAAAAAACAUAAAAACUAGAUCCUGGGUGUGUUGGUCUCAUUGUUAAAAGAUCCCCCCCCCGAAAUUAAUAAGAUAAAAUGAAAGUAAACAAAAAAUUAAGGAAACAUUUAUAUAAUAUAUAUAAAUAAAAUUUAAAAAUAAUAAAAAGAGAAGAUAUUGAAAAAAUAAGAAAUUAAUGAAGAAUUAAUACAGAAUAAAAGUAAAAAGGAAGCAAGAUCUUAUUUCCCUUUUAGCAUGAGUACCUUUGCAGUACUCAGUGAUCAGUAGAUUUGGUGAGAAGAAGGUGUUUGUGUUUGUCCUUUGGGGAAGGUGCCUAUUGUGCUGAUCUUCAGGUGGACUUGACCUAGCAGAAAUUUGCCUCCAGCGUAGCUGGGGGUUGGGGCUUUGUGCGGGUGAUUCUGGCCUCCACUAUGUGGUGUUGCCUUUCUUCAUGAAGGCUUACAGUGCUGAUGGGCAAGAUGAAAAUGGUGGUGUCCUGAUGUCUAGCCUUGGAGCUGAAUGUUUAAGCCUCCCACUCUUCAGUGAGCCUUCAAAGAAGAGCAGUCAGUCACCCCUCUGGUGUCUCCAGUUUUCGUCAGAACCCUGUGUUCACCCCAUCUGUGUCCAAGUUUUUAUUUAAUCUCAGGUGCACGACUGAGUUUCAGAAUUCCAAAUUUUAGGGACACCUGUGUUGUGCACCUAUCCUGUUCCUCCAGGGGAGGGUCUUGCUGCACUUUUGUUGUUUGCCAGUCAAUCCAAGUAUGUAGUCACACAACCACUCUGUGGUUUGUAGCUUAUAGCAAAAUAGCAGAAAGCCAGUACAAAGACUGCCUAAGCAGGAUUCACCUGGCCUGUUUCUGGGAACAGUGCAGUAUGUUGGCAUCACCUGUUCUUCUUGUGAUCCAGGGGAUCCUCAGACCACAUUGUCAUUGCUGGGAUUCUGGCCUACUUCCCCACCUUAGCACCUUUAAGUGAACUUCUAAAGGUUCAGAUUUUGCACUCUGUUGAUUGUAAUACUUUGCAAUUGCCCCUAUAAACAGGGCUCCCUCCUUGCCAUUGUAUCCACAGCUAUAUCUCCCCCAGGUCAACCAAAGGUGGUCACUUUUCUACUUGAAGAUUUGCAGUUUUUGUUCUCUCGGACCUCUGAGUGACAUUGUGGGUGUUCAUAAUGAUUUGAUAAGUAUCUAGCUAUAUUUUGAGGGAGGACACAAGCUUAGAGUCCCCCUACUCUUCCAUCAUCUUAACUCUUCCCUCCAAAAUCCACUGGUUUUAGUAUCCAUUGGUAAAUCUGGACUGAAACAGUUAUUAGUAUGAUGGCUGCAGUAUGAUAAUUUUGAAGCUCCAUCAUUUUUGCUACAGAUAUAAAUUUGAAUAAUGCUUUAAGGAAGAGCUUUAUUCUCUAUUUGUUUACUUAUUUACGUUAGUUUGGACACAUUCAUUUUGAUUCUUUCAUGAAUAUCUUACUGCUAUCAUUAUUUAUUUUAAUGUUCAGAUUAUCUCAGAUUUAACCAGUGGCAACCAAUUCAAGCUGGCUUCUCUGUCCAUUCAAUCUACUCCCAUCAUUCUGAUACAUAUUUUGACAUCAACAUUUCCUUCACUUCCUUACUUUCAGGCUUGUUUUUUAUUCCCGCCUUAUGGACCAUUUCUGUGUGGAGCUGCAAUUACUUUUAGUGGGAGGUGAUAUUUAGAAACCAAGGCAUGGGUACAUGGAUAUAUUUUAGUUUCACAUUUUGUUAUUCUCGUUUAAUUAUACUUAGUACAGACACUAUGAUACUAUUUAUUUAGUAUUGAGAUUUUAUUUAUAUUCUAGAGAACAUGAUCAAUUUUUAAGUAUUUAAUAUGUGCCUGAAAAGAUUUUGUAUAUUCUACCUCUUGAAUAUGGUGUUCUGUAAGUGCCCAUUGAAUUCAUUGUAUCAUUUAUCUGUCUUCUAUAUUUCUAUUAAUUUUGUUUGUUUGUUAGAUCUGUCAGUUUCUGAAAGAGGUAAAUUUAAAAUACCCCACUAUAAUGGUGGAUUUGUCAAAUUAUUGUAGUUCUCUAAAUUUUUGCUUUUUAUACAUGGCACUUUGUUAUGUCCAUACAAGUCUAAAGUACAUGCAUCUUUUAUCAUUUCAAUGACCCAUUUUACCUCUUUUUGCACUUAAAGUCUAUUUUGGUUGUUAUACUUUUCUAUGGAUGGUAUUUCUUUCUCAGUUCUUUUGAUUACUCACUUUCUUUUUUUUCCU